AUGUCGCUCAAACAAGAAAUCGAAACAUGGGUGCAAGCCCUUGAUGCCUAUGAUCACCAAGAAUUCGAAGAGUCCCUGCGGUGCUUCAAUCAGAUUGCCGACACAUCAAAGAUCUUGUUCAACUGCGGAGUGAUCUAUGCAACCCUAGGCGAGCAUCAUAAAGCAGUAGAAUGCUAUCAACGUGCUGUCGGCCUAGACCGGUAUCUGGCAAUCGCUUACUUCCAGCAAGGUGUAUCUAAUUUCUUGAUCGGGGACUUCGAAGAAGCGUUGGCCAAUUUCAACGAUACCUUGCUGUAUCUGCGAGGAAAUACGUCCAUUGACUAUGAUCAGCUAGGCCUUCGAUUCCGCUUAUUUUCAUGCGAAGUCUUGUUUAAUCGGGGUCUCUGCUAUAUCUACCUCCGGCAAACGAUCCCAGGCAUGCAGGACCUUGAGUAUGCAGCCAAGGAAAAGGUUACUCCAGACCACGAUGUGAUUGACGAUGCUAUUCGCGAGAAUGCAGAUGGCUAUACCGUCUUCUCGAUUCCAGUGGGAGUUGUCUAUCGUCCCAACGCGGCCAAAGUGAAGAACCUCAAGACCAAAGAUUACCUGGGCAAGGCUCGACUAGUUGCCGCAUCGGACCGCAAUCAAUCCUCAGAUCACCACUGGAGUCCGAUGGUCAUCGACAAAGAAGCCCUCCAAGGUCGCGAGGGAGUCUCCUUCGCCGCAUCCAACUUGGUCCGCCAAAACCUCAGCCGCACUCGCCAGCUAUCCGAACCCCCCCUGAACCGCAACGUAUUCCCCCCAACACCACCACCAGAUGACCGAUCCAUCAGCACAGCAUCCAGCCACCACCGAACGUCAUCUCUCCGAAACGUGCGCCCACCACGUCUAGACCUCGAUCGCGCAGGCGCCAGACUAGACCGCCGACCCUGUCCACAAGAGCAAUCAUCCACCGAGAAGCCACGAGUAGGAACGACGCGAACAGCCCCAGAGCCGCGUGGGCCAUCCUCACGACCGACGAACACGCGCGGAUACCCCCCGGACCGCCGCCAUCGAAACAGCUCGUCCCGCGAACAAGCCGACCACCACAGAAACCUCAGCGACACAAGCCCAAACACCACUUACGCACCAGAACCCGACUACAACCACACAGACCCGUAUGAUUCAUACUCCAGCCAGCGCAACCUAGCAACCACCGGAUGGGGCCGGGGAUCCCGCCCCCAACCGCCGCAAUGCAUCGACGAAGAGGAAGAAUCCAACAGCGACGCAUGCGAUUCGACAUCCUUCAACGACGGCGCUUUCGAGCUCAUCGCCGGUCCAACGGCUGGUCCGAGCCAGUCCCUGCAACCACCCCACACUCGUUCUCCGACAAGCAACUCACACCAUGCGAAUCCGCGAAGACCGGAGAUUCAGAAGAUUAGAGUAAAAGUACACGCUCCCGUUGACACUAGGUAUAUCAUGAUCGGGCUGAGCGUUGAGUUUGGGGAAUUCGAGAACCGGAUUCGGGAAAAGUUCGGGUUCAAGUGUCCUCUGAAGAUGAAGGUGCAGGACGACGGGGAUAUGAUUACCAUGAUCGAUCAGGAAGAUUUGGAUCUGCUGGUAAGUUCGGCAAAGGAGGUUGCUCGACGGGAGGGAAGUGAUAUGGGGAAGUUCGAGAUCUGGGUGGAAGAGCGCUCGAUGAUUUGA